AUGAAAACUCUCUUCACGCCAGAUUUUAAGCGGGAUGAACAUUCGAAUAUCACAGAAGCGCGCGUUCAUAAUAGCCUUUUUGUCGGUGCCGGUGCACUGAGAGCAGUCCGACAGAAAAAUUUUACGCUCCCCGCUGUAAUGAGCGUCAUACUUAUUUGCUAG